AUGCAAUGCAUAAUAGUGUUCAAAAUGGAUAACUGCCUACGUCGGUGUUAGAGGGCGUGGAAAAUGUGGCACAAUGCAGUAUGGUAGAUUUAUAAGUGGAAUAUUGUGUAAGUCUUACAACAUGAAAAGUGAACUUAAUUUACACGGACAUUAUUGGAAUUGUGUUUAAUGACAAUUAAGCACUACGUUUUAAUUCUUCGUUUUUUUAAAAGCAUGUUGGUUGUGAAGGCGGAUUUUAAAUUAAAAAGAUCAUGUUCGAAUAUUAUAGAAAACAAUUGAAUGUCUGAAGGAAUGUUCAUGCAUAGCCUUCAAUAACUAUUUUGCAUUAUGAAAAUUGUGUUGUUGUUUUUUCAGUCCCCCCGAAUGUUUCGGUAAUUGCAACAAACACUACGGUUAAAGAAUCAAAUACCGUACUGAGAUGUAUUGCAAAAGGUGUUCCCGACAAUAAUUAUAGAUACGGGAAAUGGAUUCAAAGAUGGCCAGGAUAUGCAGUGCCUGUUUCGGUGAGGCCCGGAAGUGAGACGCUCGAAUUGACGGAUUUAACAUACGAGCACUCCGGGUUUUAUACGUGCACGGCCAGUAAUGGAAUUAAAGUCUUUGGCACAAACACAGAAUUUAUUGAAGGAAAAGAAGUACAUUUACUUGUGAAAUCGUUUCCUGUUAUAAUCACUAUGGAUGACAAAUUUGCAAGCAGGGUUAAUAAAAAUGUAACUGUCAAGGUGGACUAUUUCUCGAACGUACCUGCAACAGAAGUGAAACUUUAUAAAAAUGUUAAUGGUGCGGGGAAAACAGACAUUACUAUAUUUGUGGAUAAGAAUCCUGUUGAAGUUGAGUUACCCGUAUUUUCACACUUUGUCAAAAUCAACGGUACCAGGUCUAUCGUAACAAUUCCAAUAAAAUCAGAAGUGGAUUAUGGGUCUUAUAUUGUUGUUCUCUCAAAUGAAAUAGGUUCUAGUAAUAGGUCAUUUGAAGUUGUUCUGACAGAGCCACCAGGUACACCUAGAGGUUUUACAAUAGACUAUAUCCAGCAUAACAAGGCCCGUUUGUCUUGGAUGCGUGGAUAUAAUGGAGGAUUGAAACAAACUUUCGUUAUACAAGUAGGCACAGAUGAAAAGACAUGGAGUGAUGUGAAAGUAUUUGACAGAAUUACUAAAGACAAAAAGCCCAUAACCACAGUAUUGACAGAUCUACAUGAUUCAACAACAUACUUUGUUCGAGCAUACGCAUAUAACGAGGAAGGAAAUAGUCCUUUGUCAGAAACUCUAAAUUUUACCACAUCUUCAAACAAAGUGAAGGUUACUAAUGAGGCAAAUAACACUUCUACGAUUAUCAUGGGAGUAGUUCUCGGCAUUGUUAUAAUUGCGUUUGUAAUAUCAAUGUACGUGGUAGUACAGCUCAAGAGGAAACUUGAACGUAACCCAAACAAAGAUCUCUCCAAAGAUACAAGCAGCAGGAAGUAUGUCAAUGUGGAUGAUUCGAUCAGACUGAAAACAGAAAAUGAAAAGAAGAAAGGCACAUUUAACGAUGUUCAAACCUCAGAAAGUCAAUAUACAGAGCUUGAUAAAAAUCUGAAAGAAGCAGAAUCUGCAUACGAUGCUAUUUCAACUAUGUGAAAUGACAACGUACACGUAUUAUUAAGUACACGUCAUAUCCACGUGUUUGACAGUGAAAGCUGGACCUUAAGAUAUUACAAAUAUUGAGGAAACGUUUUUCAAAUUCCUUUAUGUUUGCUAUAAAGAAAGUUGUCUUGACAUAAGCGUGUACAUACAACGCGUCAGAUUCAUUUUUUGUGUUAAACUAAAAGUUUGACCAAUUGAUCAGUUGAAUACAUGUGUUAAAUGUAAAAUUGGUAAGGGUCUUGUUAUAUUUUGUUAUUAUUUACGAUAAGAAAUCUGUUUUGACAUCUACAUAGAUAAAGGCUUGGCGAAAUAAUUUUUACAUAUUAUCAACUGAGGCACAGAAUGUAGCAUUUAACCCUACAGAUUUUUUGUUUGUUUUUAAACGAAAUAGUUUAAUAGUUUAACUUUAAAUAAAAGUUAUUUUAAAGCUGCACUUCAUAAAUAAUAUUAUGUAAAGAUAUUUCGGGGUAGGCCUAAAAACCAAGCAUUCUUCAGUGUCAUUAACCUUUUAAACAGUAUUGUUGUAAAUCUAAUCAAAUAUUGUUCCGAAAACUCCACGGUAACACUCACGUUUGUAUACGAAUUUUAACAUGCAAGUGAAGAGUAUAGAUUUUAAGAAUCUUUCAUUGGAUGCCGGUACAGACCGGAAUAUCUAGCUCGAGACGAGGCUCUGUCGAGUUUCCGCUAAACAGUUACUCAAAAGCUAGAUAUUCCCGUCUGUACCGACAGCCUGCGUUUGAUUCUUUUUCUUGCAUAUCCCAUGUCAAUUAAUUCGGAACAGAAAUUACAAAAACUGAUAUUCUAAUUACGCACUUUUACCUUAUAGUAGCGUAUGAUCUUUUAACUUCAUUCAUAACGGUAAAAUGACGUCAGCCCAAGAACGCAAUUCACUCAUAAAAGAUAGCAAUGACGUCAUUUAAAGCACGCGACUUGUCUGAAAUUGGAGUAAAAAGAGUUUUAUAGCACCGGUGAAAACGGUAAAUAAUCCUGUAUGAUAUAUAAGAAAGCUCUCGUAUGCGCUUAUGCAAUUGACACGUCACAGUGUUAAACAUUAAACAAUUCAGUUGUUGUUAUUUGACGGAUUUUCUCAUCUAAUACGGAUGUGCAAGUUAAGGUUAUUCUGCCACGAUGCACUCGGCAUGUCGUCCACAAAAUAGUAAUUAUCUAAAUUUGUGUGUAGGCGUCGAUGUGGCAAAAUCGAAACAUAAAAAUUGUUCACUUUCGAUUUUGCCACAACGUGAUAGCAGGCAUUUACGCUUAUAAAACUUAUUUUAUAAGAUCAUCUUAUUUCUUGACACCAAAAUAAGGACAGGACUGGAUAUAAAACCGAUUUUUAACGAAAUAUAGCUAUUUUUGUUUUUAUGAAUUAUAUCAAAUGCUGCAUUAAUGGAGCUUAACUUUGUUUAAUGUUUACUAAGAUGAGGCUUACAAUUCAUCAUUUUCAAAAAUGUUCUUCAUUUUCCUAAAAUCAGUUUAAGACUUUCUGUAAAUCUUACAGGGAAGAACUUCAUAUAAGAAGAAUUUUCAUUAGCAAUUCUAAAUUACAAGUUGAAAUCUAGGAAUCUCAUUGGCAAUUCAAAAAUAAAAUGUAAAGAAUAGUUCUUGCCAUUUUAAAAUAACAUUUUAAGGAUAGUUUUAAGUUAAAAGUAAAAAAUGUAUAGGAUAGUUCUUGUCCUAAUAAAAUAAAAUGAAAGGACAAUUCUUUAAUUGAUAAAAUGCAAAGGAUAGUUCUUUUAACUUUCUUGUUAAAUUCCUGAGAGAAAAGCAAGCGAAAUGUAAUGUGUGUUGUUUUUUUGUUGUUUUUUUUGUUGUUGUUUUUUUUAAAUUCCCAUUUAAUCAUUAUCCUGGGAUAGUUUGUUUUAAUAUAUAUUUUAAGUUGACUCUUUACAGUUUAUCAAUAUUAUUAUUUACAUGUGUGUAAAAAAUAGAUAAAUACAUUAUAUGAAUGUGUGUAUAAGUUUAAAUAUCUAUGAUUUUGAUACUGUAACCAUAGAUCUUCUGUAACAGUUUACAUUGUAAAUAUUUAACUUGUUCCAUUAUUAUUGUAUAAUUGCAAAAAGUGUGCUCUUCUUUUGGAUGAAAUAAAGAUA